GGAACAUGUCGGUCUUCUUCAAUUCUCCCUUAGACACUAGCCUAAUAGCGAUCGAAAAGCCCAAGUUGCUUCUAGCAUCAAUUAGCAUCAAUGAUGGCAUAACUCUAGAAGAGUCCGGAGACUAUCGCCAGCUGUUUUAGCUGCCGUUCAUGAUUGUGCAGAGAAGAUCCGUCGGCUGUCAGAUUACCAAAGGCCCUCCGACUCGCCAGAAUACCCUCGAGGAAAUAUUUACCGCCCAAGUAUUCCACAUCAGAGGCAACCCAAGCGGUGGACCGCUGAAGGGAAAGUCCGUUUGCCUGAAAGACUGCAUCGUAGUAGCGGGAGUGCUGCAGUUCUUUGGAACCAACGCGUUUGCUCCAUGGACUCCGCAAAGGGAUGCGAUCGUUAUCACGCGAGCAUUGGACACGGGUGCAGAGGUAGUAGGCACUGCUACUUGCGAGAACUUCGGUAAUUCGACUUGGUCCUUUACAAGCGCCCAGCGCGUCGUAGAGAAUCCCCUUGCAGAAGGCUAUUCUUCUGGUGGCAGCACCUCCGGCGGCGCAGCCUUGGAUAAGCUUGAUGACCGUAUACUCGGAGCACCGCCUCGUGGCUCGGCCUCCUUUACCGAGUCUCUACGCCCUACGUUGAGCGGCGCCACAGGCUUCAUGGUUGGGAUACUGGUGGAAGGAUUCGAGCACCAGCUGGUUGGUCCCCCAAUCAAGGACCUCGUCAUGCGCGCUGCACGCAGGUUCGAGACGCUCGGAGCCAUCGUCGAGCAGGUCUCGGUACCGUGCCAUAUGGAGGGGCCGGCUGUUUGGGCGAUUCAGCAACACAUCCCAGGAGCCUUUAACCUUUUGGGGCUUCAGCACGGGCGAAGGGGUUUGUAUCCUACGGAAUUUGAAGAAGCGCGCCUCCCUUGGACUAAUGCCAGCUUCCAGCGGCUAUUUCCCGCAACGAUGAAUACGAUGAUCAACGGACUGUACCUGGCGAAGAACUUUCCUGGUCUCUACGCAAAGACCCUUAACCUAGCGCAGCUGCUCACAGACUCGUAUGAGAAGCUUUUCAAGACGUACGAUAUGGUUGUCAUGCCCACGACGCCGUGCGUCGCGCCGAAGCAUGUGGACGGGAGACAAGGGGAAUCGCCCCUGAAGGCUUUGAAGCCUAGCGUAGGCCUUUCCAUCAACACUGCAAUCUUCAACAUUACGGGACAUCCGGCCAUGACCAUUCCCAUCGGCUCCUUGCCAGCAAAGGACAACCAUGCGAUCCAGCCGCCUGUUGGGAUGCAAUUGUUAGCACGUCGCUUAUGCGGCAAAGCCCAAAUGCCCAAUACCAAUGAACAUCGACGUGUAUCACCCAAGAAUUGUCGCCAAUUCAGGCGGCACUCCGGAUAUGCCAGCGGGGUUUGCACUGUGGAGGGGGUCAUGGGACCUGCGUCCCAGCCACUGCAUACAUAUAGUUCUCCCUAUCCACAGACACCUAGCUGGAACAUCAGCAAAUGCAACUCUUAUCUCAACUCUCAAUAUUUACCUGUCGAAAGCGUUUUCUGCUUCUGA